ACGUUUCGUGUAAGAGCAGACACCGGAAAUGUUAAACCCGCUCUAAAAAAAAAUAAUGUUGCCAUGGUUACGAGUAAUGUUUUUGAUCAUCGCUAACUAGCAUACUGUCUCCGGCUAAAGUUAUUAGACCACGAAUAAAUGAUGGCUGACUUACCCAAAAACGAAGAUAGAUUUGAAGACGUUUUGGUUCAGGUUCAACAGGAUAUAAGCCAACUUAAGUACAAUAUUGAAAAAAUCAAUGUGGGCGAAAAGGACGCAAGUCUCGAUAUCAAAGUACUGGACAAUGCAAUCAGUAGGACCCAAAGCAACAUCAGGAGACACGCAAAUGAUUAUUUGAAAAGUAUAAAUAAGCAGCAACUGGUUCUUCCAGCCAUCGAAGACUUACAAAAACAGACCUUAAAGGUUUAUAAAUGGAAACCCUCUCUUGAAAGUCUCCCUGAUGUGCAUUCACCAAGAAAGACAUUUGACAUAGUAUUUCCUGAAAGAAAGGUGAAACCUGAGGCUGUAGAGAAUCUUGCAGUUAUCAAAGCAAAAGGAAAGCACAUUCAUUAUCUUCCUGAAGAUGACCUGGAACCAGUGAUUAAACCAAGCUUGCUUCGUAUGUCGGCUCAGCACAACAUUAUGUCUCUUCAGCCCAGGCCGGAAUUGCACUUUUCCAAAAAAGACUUAGAUUUCAAGCUAGUUAAGGAGUCAAAACGUCAGAAAGCUUCAGCAUCCAAGGUUGGCAAAAAAGUUGGUGAAUCCAAACAUGUCUUGACUAGUUUACCAAGUUUGCCAACUCAGAUCACAGCUUCCGACAGCAUGGAAAAACAAGCCACAACCUCUUUUGUCACCAAAGAGACCCAGGCCAAGUCUGUAGAUGCUGAUACAAGCACGUUUACAAUCAUAAAGGGACAAAUCGAUCCGAUGGCGAAAGACUUCAUUUGCUUCAAGGAGCGAUUUAGUUGGUGCUGGAGCAGCAUGGUGGAAGUUUUGGAGGACCUGACGAAACUGCUCCGAGAGUUUGCAGUGCCUUUAGCUAAAGUUGAUGGAGAACACUUGAUAGAGUUAUUCCCUACAUCUGAUUAUGUUUCCAGAAAGACUUUGUCAAAUGCCACUCUCUUCUCACUGCUUGAAAAUAAGGGGGAGGUAUUAGAACUUGUCUCACGUCCAGGUCAACGCUACAGAGGAGAAGGAGGCAGAGAUGUCGCUGCCACCCGUAUACAGACCUGGUGGAGGGGCUACCUCAUGAGGACUUCUUACCUGCGGUACCACCGCUGCAAGAAGGCAGUGGACGUUAUUUCGUUGUCAUGGCUGUUGCACUAUCAAAGGUGCCAAAUAAAGAAAACCCUUCAGGCCAAGCGUUUCAGACAGCUGGAAAAUUAUCGCAGCAGAGCAGAGCAUCUGGCAGCAAACUGGAAACACAUCCAGUCGUCCAAGAGGACCAUUAUCCACAUCCCUUCAUUAGGGUUCUCCCAGAUCUGGAGACUGAGCACCAGGAAAUAUAACAUCCUCCAGAACAUCCAAAUCACCAGGCUGUGUGAUAUUAGAGAUGAAAAUGUGGAGGUGAUCUACAUAAGUCCAUUACGUUUGGGAGAAGACAUCUUGCAGUAUUACGACAGUUUCCUGAGAAGGAAUGGGACUGAUAGCAGCUCCAGCCAGGACUUAUCCUGCAACAAGCGGUUUCUUAUCCUAACACCUGAGGCUGUGGAUUAUUUCCCUACCCACAACAUGUGUCUGUCUACACUGCUGAAGUACAGUCCGUGCACCCUGAAGCAAAUCAAACACCAAAUACGGGGGAAGCAGGCCUAUAUAGUGGGUGGAGUUGGCCAUGAGGAUGACCUGGAAGUGGCUGAUGAGCUGCAUGUGCCAAUCUUAGGUCCAGAACCGGCUGUUUCACAACUCCAUGGCACCAAGUCUGGAGGAAGAAAGAUAUUUUCUGAAGCAGGACUGGAAGUACCCCCUGGACAAGGAGAUGUGUAUGUUCUUUGCCAGCUUUAUGAAAUACUGGCCGAACUUCUUGCUCAAAAUAUUCACGUUCAGCGCUGGCUCUUUAAGAUCAACGGGCAGCGAGGAGGCCGUGAUGCAGCAUACUGUGAUGUUUGCCACCUUCGGCGCUACAGCUGGGCCCUGAAGCGCUACCAGCAUUUUGGUCCUGAUCUGUGGCAAGCAAAAUGGGUUCAGGAAACUGUGAUGCUGAAAUAUUUAGAAGAGAUCCCAGAAUGGCUGAUUUAUUACACCCAACUGGCUAAAUCUUGCAGUUAUCAAAGUUGGUCCGAGUUCCUGAAGAUCUUCCUCAUGCAAGGUGGAGUAAUAGAGGCAUACCCCCCUUCAGAGAAUGUCACCCAUGUGACUGUAGAUAUGCUCCUGGAGCCCAGCGGUGAGGUGACCAUUCUGUCCUGGGGAGAACAGCUGCAUGGCUAUUGUCAUCUAGACAUUGUGGGAUCCAUUAUUGCUAAGACUUCUGUUCACCAAGAGACCCUGCACUCUAUCUGCAUGCGUGUGGCUCACGUUUGCCAGCAGAACUAUAUCAUGGGUUAUGUAUCUGUUGGCCUGGCAACCUUUGUGGACCACAGCACCAUGACGCAGAAGAUAUGGGGAAUUGAUCUGGACAUUGGAUUCAGUAACCAGCUUGCCAUGACCCAGAUGCUACUCAUGGUGACUGGAGGAACGCUGAACUGGCAAACAGGCUGUUUCGAAGUGCCAGUGCCAGUCAAAGACAAAUCUUCUGAACAGAAUGAUGCAGCAGAGCAUCUGGUGGACAGUCGCUAUGCAGUCGUUGGGAUCCGUUUGUUUCAUUCUAACCUUUCCAUGUUGUACCACAGUAUGUUCUUCAAGAUGUGCACAUUUAAUGGCAUUGUGUUUGACAAGAAGGAAAAUCAAGGCACUCUUUUUGCUCUCUAUGACAGCUCUGAGCGAAGCACCAUUGGAAUGAUAGCGGUCUCAGAGGAUCUCCAGGGAGCUCUGGUGACCUUUGCUCAGAAUUUGUCAGUCAUUCAUCAGGAAAUAUUGUCCUCCAAAAAGGAAGAAGAAACCAAUUUCGAGGUGGUGAUCACAAACAUAGAACACAUGCUGGAGAUGAUUAUUCAGAACAAAAAACAACAACUGAAGGAUGAACCUGCUGCUUAGACACAAGCAUUGAACCUUAGAGAUAUGUACAGGCUGAUAAAAUGUAGAUGUCUAAAUAAACAUCUUAAUAUUCUGUCAUGAAUCUGUUAAAUGUUAGAGUUUCUGUCAGCUACCUUGACAUACUUUAUAUAAGAAACGCAUAAACAUUUUCUAUUAAAAGAAUAUAUUUUUCUACAUACAAUGGCAUCCCAAAGUGUACAUACCUCUGUUAAAAUGAGACAAGAAUGAAACAAAUGUGAGCUCCUGUCUUCUGAGUCGUGGUGAAUAAAUGUCCCAUUUUCAAUGGAAAAUGUAAGUUGAUUUAUUGUGAUGUUAUUUUUUACAUAAAAAAACAACAUUUUAACAUAGACAGCUGGACUUUUGAAAGCUGCUGUAAAACACUUUUAUUGAACCUUCAGAUUACAACCUGUAUCUGUUCUUAGAGUAGGCCUGAUGAUGAUGAUAAAGAACAGCGAGAGUAGCUUGAUAGACAGAUAAUGAUAUUUAGUAAUGGUUUCUCUGCACCGUUUAAGAAAGAACAGAUUACUUUGGUGAUUGAGCGAAAAAGUGAUUGGCGCGGUCUGUAAUGUUAUCCUCAAAGGACAUUUUCUGUAAGU